GAGGCCAUAGCGCGCCGGUUUUAUAAUCUUCGCCAUUCUUUGCCGGCUUUCUUCAAAUGAUUUUGUCGGUGCUAAAAAUUAUUUGACUACGAUAUUGAUGGUUUCAGCGGGGCUUUACUGCCGGGGGUAUUCUAGUUGCAGACCCGAGGACCAUAACUCCGGCCUUGAUCACCUAGGACCUCAGCAACUCACGGCUGGCACGGCAAACAUCACCAACAACAGCCUAGGCAAUAAUCUUAAUCUUAAUCCUAACCCGAUCAACUACGGACUUAGUGAUUACAACACUUCAGGUCUAGGAUCCGAACCGGGGUUCGCUACGCCCGGGGCUGGGGACUCAACCACGGCGCUAUACGGAGGUGAGUGCCACAGGGGUAGCGCCAUGAGCUCGUACUUACCUCUGCGUCACACCGGUACCCACGGGGUGCCCCCGGCGUCACGUGGUCCGGGGACGGAGGACGGCGUCAUGCACGGGAUGACCGGAGUCAUGGACGGCGGAGGAUACAUGGAACAUUUCCUGAACAUCCCGGAGAUCUGCCCGACGGGCUCCUACAGAAACCCGCGUUACUACAUGGGUUCCUACAACGCCGACGCCUGCCGCAUGGAGGCGCUACAGCAGCAACACAGGACUCACCACGACCUCCGGAUGGGGCUCCAAGGCUCCCGGCCCUCGUUCUACCCCAACAUGAACAUGGGCAUGCGUUUCGGGGACGGCAUGGACGCCCAGGUGGGCGCCAACUGCCUCCCCCAGCAAAACAGGGCGGACACCCUGUCCCCUUGCACGAAAUCGGUGGCGCCCGAUGCUGAGCCACCCUCCUUCUACCCCUGGAUGUCUAUAUACGCUUGA